AUGUCGGACGCAGACGAGAGGUAUGGGACGCCCAUGGCCGGCAGACCCAGGCUUAUGAGGUCACCAGUACUGUCUGUAAGCAGGAAGGAAGGAUCCGGUGCAGAGGAGUUAUCUGUACGCCCGGGAGCGAACUCUCGGAUGGAUGAGGUGGUUCCGGAGACCCCGUAUGGUGCGACGAUACAAAGGGGGAGGAGAACGGAGAGUAGGAAGAGGAACGACAGCUCCUCGACGGAGGAAGAAGUGUGGGAGGAGAAGUCUAGGCCUAAGAAGCUCAGACGGAGGACUGAUGAGGGGGAGGAUACGGUGCUGGUAUCUCCCAAGUCGGCGGUUAGUGACCUGGGGGACAUCAGGAAGCUACAGACGGAGGAGACCCUGAUGGGAGGUGAAACUAGGCUGGCUAUAGACGAAGCCAUUCAGUUUAUACGAGCCUCGACGAACACCCACACCAAGUUGAAGGAGACAAUAAGGAAGAUCGACGCCAGGUUUAGGGCGUUGGAGAACCAUAGGGCUCUCAUUGAGAGGAAGUGGAGUGCGUAUGUGCGGGCGUUAAAGGUGGCAGCGGUGCAGGGGAAGACUGCGGUGGUAAUGAUGCCUCAGAUGAAAGUCGCGGCCCAGGGAACCACGAGACCGAUCAAAGCAACCCAGGACAUCGAGGUACAGACAAGCCCUCGUGCAACAUACGCGGAGGCGACGGCGGCUCCAACGGCGGGAUCCAGUGGAAUGGCUAAGAGUAAGCGGGUAGAAAUACGCGAGACGAUGACCGAGUCAGAGGAGGAGAAGACAACUAAGGCCGUGAGGGAGAUCAACAAGGCGAGGCAGAGGAGAUCGAAACUGGUAAACAGGGCUUCCACGGGCGGAGAUUCGGAGGAAACGGGAACGGAAAGGGAUUGGACCCUGGUUGAGAAAAAGAGAAAGGGAAAGAGUAAACCUAGAGGCAGCGAUAGCGAGGGGACUUCGUCGGCGGCGGCGGCGAGCAUAAGACGGCGACCGAGAUCGGAGGCAGUCCUGAUAAAGCUUAAAGGGGGGAACGGGAUGGAGGACAUCCUAAGGAGAGUUAGGCAGGUCGAUAUGACGGGGGUCGACACGAAGAUCGUGGGCAUUACGAAGACUCGAACGGGCGACAUCCUCCUGCGCGUGGAGUGGGGGGUCGGUAAGGUGACGCCGGUACACAACACCAUCAAGGCAGCGAUUACAGACAGGGAUGUGAUGCUGUUGGAGGAGAACUGUAAGAUAGCAAUUAGAGACCUGGACGCGGUGACGACGAAGGAAGAAGUAUUGGAGGCUAUCAUGCGCGCUGCCCCGGAAGCAAGGUGCCGCGUGAAAGACAUGGUGCAGACGGAUAGAGGGCAGAUGGCUGCAUAUGUGUUUGUGGACCGCGUGACGGCGGAGGAGGUAGUUAAGCGAGGGUACCUACGUGUCGGUUUAACAUCGUGUAGGGUGCGUAUUGUGACGGAGUUAGUUCGGUGUUUGCGGUGCUGGGAGGUGGGGCACCUAGCCGCGAAAUGCCAGGGUGCGGAUAGAAGCCGUAUGUGCUUUAAGUGCGGGGGGGAAGGACACCAAGCCAGAGAGUGUACGGGGGCCGACGCGUGCUUCGUGUGUGAAAAGGCCGAGCCGGGCUCGGGUAAGGGGCAUAGGGCCUACACAAAAGCCUGCAGGCGCGAUGGACAAAAAGUAACGGGCACCAAUGGGGAGGGGGAAUCGGAGCAGGGUAAAGACUCGCAACAGAAAGACGAUGAAAGUGCUGCAAAUUAA